AUGACGGAGGCCGACCACAAUGCGUGGCUCACACAGGAAAUGGAGCUUCAAUGGAAUCUGGAAAGCAUCGACUACCCUGUGCUCCUUGCUAUUUCUGCCUUCACGUUUCUAUGUGUCCAGUCCGGCUGGCGCAUGAUCUUCCGCACGCUGACCUUCAGCCGCUGGUCAGACCUCGAGGAGGACGAUCAAGUAAAGUGGCCCAGCGAGUCCCUGCGACUCCUCACGAGCCUCCUCAUGUGCGCGUUCGGCGCGCACCUGUUCCUGGACGACAGCGUGAGCGUCCUCUCGGGCGCGCGGUUCGUGUACUUCUCGCGCGUGUCGUACUUCGGCGCCGCGGUCGUCGGCUACGUCCUGAACGACACCUUCUUUCAUCUGAAGCACGGCGUGCACCUGGGGCAGGAUUUCUUCAUCGUCCUCGUCCGCAGCACCUUCUACAUCUUCACGUACAUCGUCUACCAGCUCUUCCCCGCCCGCCUCAUCCUCAUCGUCCUCGCCACGUCCCACGUCCUGGAGGGCGCGACGGUGGCGCGGUCGGCGGCGUGGAUCAUCGGGACCGCGGGGCAGUCGUGGGCGAUGUUCGGGCGCGCGCUGACCGCGUGGGUGCUCUCCGAGGCCGUGCGCUUCGUCGUGUCGCUCGGGCUGGCGGUGGCGGCGUUCUACUCCCUGUUCACGCAGGGCCUCGAGCCGUUCGCGGAGAACACGCCGGAAUGGGUCAAGGACCGGCUGACGAUGGGGGCGGGGAUGACGGCGUGCGGGGUCCUGACGUCGCUGGUGAUCAACGGGGGGCUGUUGCAGGAGGCAGCGCAGCAGUCGAUGGCUGCGACGCGGAUGGCGCGGAGGGCGGGGGCGGCGGGGCAGGGGACGAAGGCGAAGCAGCUGGCGCUGGCGCGGGGGCAGGGGCGGAAGGAGGCGCGGAAGGCGGAGCGGAAGGAGCAGAAGCAGGCGGAAAAGGACAAGAAGCGGAGAUGA